AUGAGUAUCGAAACCGUACUGCCACCAGCUCUACCGACCGGCGACGUUGCGGAGGCUUCCCUAACACCAGAGGCGAAUGUGACCGAUGGUGGAAGCAACGAUAUGUACACCACCGUACCAGUCAGGUAUUGGUGGCCUACUGUGGACCGCGCUGUAACCCCGUUCGUCGGGCGUCGGUUCAGAACACUGGCUGAAGGUGUUCAUUUCUACAUGACAUACGCUAGAACAUGUGGGUUUUCUGUACGUCACACCUCCCUGAAGCGGGGGCUAGGCGGCCAAAUUACCACGCGUUACUUAGUCUGUAACCGGGAGGGAGUGAAAAGGACUGGUCGGCCCCAGCCUUCCCCCGUGGUUGGCAGCGGUAGUGGUAAAAGCACACAACGUAGGAAGCGGGUGUCGAACAGAGUUCAGUGCAAUGCUAAGAUCUGCUUGAAAAAGGACACGGGUGGGGAAUUUGUGGUGUCAGUUUUUGUUGAAGAACACACCCACAGCAUGUGUUUCGAGCCUUCGAGGCUAUUCAUGAGGAUCAAUCGGAAGCUUGAUGUGGCACAACAAGCAUUCCUUGCAAACUGUGUUAAAGCUAAUGUCGGCGGUUCUAAAAGUUUCCGGUUAUGCAAGGAAGCAGCGGGGUCAUUUGCUGAUGUUGGUGCAACAGAAAUGGAGUUUCACAAUUUCAAGCGAGACCUACAACAGUAUGUUGACGCCAAGGACGGCGAGAUGAUUAUUGCAAAAUUCAGACAAAAGCGUGAGGUGUGUGAGGAAUUUUACUUCGACUACCAUCUUGAUGAUGAAGCCCAUCUUGCUCGUCUUUUUUGGGCUGACCACACGUGCCGUCUUAGUUUCACGAGUUUUGGUGAUAUGAUUUCUUUCGAUGCAACCUACGGCACGAACAGGUACGAUUUGGUGUUCGUGCCUUUUACUGGGGUUGACAGCCACAAACGGUGUAUUACAUUUGGCGCAGCACUGAUAACUAGGGAGGACACAGAAUCAUAUGUGUGGGUCCUAGAUAGGUUUAAAGAUGCAAUGGGAAAGAGCCCCAUGUGCGUUGUUACAGAUCAGGACCCGACCAUGAAGUCUGCUAUUGCGCGGGUAUUGCCGGAAACCCGCCACCGGUAUUGUAUGUGGCACAUCAUGACCAAGGUCAGUGAGAAACUGGGCAGCACAUUAGCGCAAAACGAGACAUUCCGUAAUAAACUUAACGAUAUUGUGUGGGGAGAGACCAUUACCAUUGGUGAGUUUGAGGCACAAUGGCACUUGUUAAUGGAAGAGAACAACUUAACAGGGCACCGAUGGUUUUGCAAACUAUACGCGGAGCGGGAGUUUUGGAUUCCUGCCUAUUUCUUAGACUUACCCAUGGGUGGGCUGUUACGCACCACAUCCCGGUCUGAAGCAACGAAUAAUGUGUACGGGAAAAGCACCCGCCCGUACUGUAGUGUAGUUGAGUUCUACAUGCAAUACGAAAGCGUUUUGGAAACACAACGUCAUACCCAGGACAAAUUGAAUUCUGAGAGUGAAGGGUCCUUACCCGAGUUUAAAACCCCCCUCGCAAUCGAGCGACACCUGGCACAAGUAUUCACCCUAAGAAUUUUUUAUGAGUUGCAAAAAGAGAUUGAAUCUGCAUGUUUUUAUUGUGGGGUGGUAGGAAUCCGUGAAGAUAAUGGGCUGGUCCACUAUGACAUUAAAGGGAGUUACAGUGUGACCCAUACUGUUGAAUUUAACCCGACUGUGGUUAGUGCGUCGUGCAGCUGCAAGUUGUUUGAAAGAUUGGGGUUGGUUUGCGAGCACAUGUUUUCGGUGUUUCGGGCUGCACAGGUAAAGAGCUUGCCACCUGAAUGCAUCACUCCUCGCUGGUGUAAGCACACUAGACUAAGUUGCUAUUGUGCUAAACGUUCUGACUGCCCUUCCGUGGAUCACGCCCCGAAUAGACUGUGGACCGAGAUACAUAGCUGCCUCGCAAUUAUAGGGAGUAAUACAACACGACAGACACGGAUGUUGCAGGUAAUACAAGAUUUGACGAGUGAGUUCUUGUGUGAUGGUAUGGGUGAUGACCAUGCAAAGGGUAAUCGUGGUGCCAUAGCGGCUUUGUGCGGUGUGGAACCCCCGACAACUAUAACUAUCAAACCCCCCGCACAAGCAAAGAACAAGGGGACCGCAAAGCGAAUUAAAAGCCAGCGUGAGUUAGCCAUAGAGAGAAGUGCCAAGAAGGGACGAAAAUGUGGGGUAUGCGGUGAGUACGCCCGUCACAAUGCCCGCAGUUGUCCACUAAAGUGA